AUGAAGUUUAAUUCAGAUAUACCUAACGCACCGUUUAAAAGAAAAUCAACCAACCAACAAAAAGAGGUAUCAAUGAAACCAUGUCUGAUUGAGGCAUUGUUUAAACCAACAGAAUGGACUUCAACGUCAACUGAACCAGCGAGAAUCCAAAGCCAUGUUGUUUCAGUAAGCCAUCAGUACCCGGAUCAAGAAACCACUAUUUUUCAUGAGAAGAGAAAAGUUGCCUUAAUAAAUCGGAGCCAGCAUAGCAAUCCCAGUUCCGACCGUGAUGAAUAUAAUAACAAACUCUACACUCUUUGGCGAAAUACAAAGUCUUAUUGA